AUGGGGCAUGCGGCGGUUCGGGAUCCUAAAGCUGCUUUUGAAGUAACAAAAGAUUGGAAUGGGAUUGAUCAGAUAGUUCUGCGAAACGCUCAAGGCGCCUCUGCUCGGGUUAGCUUGCACGGAGGUCAGGUUACCUCAUGGCGGAAUGAUCGAGGUGAAGAGCUCUUAUUCACCAGCAACAAGGCCAUAUUUAAGCCUCCAAAAGCGAUGCGUGGGGGGAUUCCAAUUUGUUUCCCGCAGUUUGGAGGCAGUGGUUCAAUUGAACAACAUGGAUUUGCAAGGAACAAACUCUGGGUUAUUGAUGAAAACCCCCCACGAAUGCACACAAAUGUUUCUCAUGGGAAAUGGUUUGUGGACUUGCUACUGAAACCUUCAGAAGAUGAUCUUAAGUUCUGGCCUCACAGUUUUGAGUUUCGUCUCCGGGUAUCUCUUUCAUCUGAUGGAAACUUAUCCUUGAUCUCACGAGUUAGAAACAUCAAUGGAAAACCAUACAGCUUCUCAUUUGGUUACCAUACAUAUCUCUCCAUUUCUGAUAUAAGUGAAGUAAGGAUUGAAGGACUGGAAACUCUGGACUAUCUGGAUAACCUUUGCCAAAGAGAACGCUUCACUGAGCAAGGAGAUGCAUUAACUUUUGAGUCUGAGGUGGAUCGUGUCUAUCUCAAUUGUCCCAGUUGUGUUGCAGUGCUCGAUCAUGAGAAGAAGAGAACAUUUGUCAUAAGAAAGGAAGGGCUGCCGGAUAUUGUUGUAUGGAAUCCCUGGGAGAAGAAGUCCAAAGCAAUGGCUGAUUUAGGUGAUGGAGAGUACAAGCACAUGUUAUGUGUUGAUGCUGCCGCCAUAGAGAAGCCGAUCACUUUGAGGCCGGGAGAGGAAUGGACUGGCCGUGUGGAGUUUACAGUUGUAGCAUCUAGCUUUUGCUGUGACGAUCUUGAUUCCCAGAUUUAG